UGGUCUUCGUGCAAAAGACACGAGCAGAGUUCUCCAGGAACAUCUCGUCUCUCUCAGAUGUGUGGUGCUGCUGCUUCGGGGCUGUCCUGCAUAUAACCCUCAGCCAUCCCACCCUCUUCAAAAGAAGCACCUGGAGGAGAACCGAGCAUGAGUUAAGAGGCAGACUGGCAAAAUAAAACUUCACUAGCAUGCAUUGAAGAACAUGCAGUCCUAUGUGGAAUUUAAUGCUGCUAAAGCCAGAGGCAUCAGCUUCUGUGAGACAGUCCUGCCCGAGAGGGAUUGUACUGGGAUUAUUGGGAUCCAGCUCUCGUAACCUGAGGUGGGUGCUGGAGCUGCAAAUAGGCUGGCAGUAGUGAGAACAGACCUUGCCUCUUCCCCUUGUGCCCUCCAAGUGCUCACAAGGGCUCCCAGCUGUAAGAGUUGGGUUUCCUGCCUGUCGCAGGUAAGGAGCUGGUCAACAAGGUGACCCAGUCCCAUUCUCUGCUCCUUGACCGUGUGCUGCAUGUGCCAAAACUCAUGAGCUUUCUGGGCCCUGCCGCUUGUGUUGGUGCCUACGAGGCUGUUGAUGGUGGUCAUGGUCUGUUGCUAGGAGUGUGUUGAGUUGUACAAUCUUAGCCCUGCUCACUGAAGUAUCUGCUGGCUGAGCAGUUUCACUUUGAGCUCAACUGCCCGCAAAAAGUUUGAGUCACUUCCCACUGCCCCUGGUGGGGCAGAGCUUUUCCCUGAAAUGAAUGAGCUGAGCAAGUACGAACUGGGAGCUCUGCCUUUCCUACUCCUCCUUUCCCCUGUGCGUUGUGCUGAGCAGAGGCCGUGUGAUGGGAGGUGAGAAGUUUUGGUGGUGCCCAGCAGCAAGCUCUGCUCUUAGCACCCGUGAUCUGCCCAUCUCUGACCAUCAGUUGGUCGUGCUCUCCCUUCCAGCCCCACCUGCCUCAGGCUGGCUCUUCCCACUCAGUGUCCGCUGUACUGGUUUGUCUGUAUGGCCCUAUGUGCACAACUCUGUGUCUUACUUGUGCUGGAGUUGUUUUUGUUUUUUUGUUUUUUUGCAUCUAUGAUUAGCCAAAUAAAUGCAAAAUCAUUUUACUCGCUGUGUGCCACGUCCCUUCUGCUGUUCUAGCACAGAUGUAUUUUCCUCAUCUUCCAUUUUAGCCACGGUUUGAAGGAGAAGAGGCUUUGGGGAUUUUCUACCACCUGAAAUCGUGUCCUGCCCAUCAAGGACAGGAGGAGAUCCAAUCCCAGCCAGCACCACAACGUGUGUACAAAGUUAUCUUUAUUGAGUGCCAACCAGGAACCCCCCAGGCUGGAGGGCUGCUUCCAGAUCCCAAAAUGUCCUUUCCCCUUCUGCUGCCUUUGCUCCCAGCAGGCUUCAAGGGUUGUGCUGGGCUGGCAGCACACUGGCAGCUCUGCCCUUGCACCCUCCUCUGCUCACACCUAGGCACUGCUGCUGGUGGCUGUGAUGCUGACAGGCUGGUAGCCCGGCUUGUCAUCCUGCUUGCGGUAAUACAUCCGUGCCACCACCACCAGGAUGAAGGUCUGCGGGAUUAACAGCUGCAUGUUCAUCUCUGAAAACAGGAAACAGAGAUUAUUUGAAGGUAUUUUCACCAACCAUGUCCUCUCCCUGCUGCGUGCUGGAGAUGCUUAGCCAGGAGCCAGCACCCCUCGCCCCGAGCUCCCAACUCACGCUGUGACCUGGCCUUGGAGGAGAGGGGUGGCGAGCAGGCAAUGUUACCGUUGUUGGCCAGGAUGCUGAAGAUGGCAGGCUGCAGUGCUGUCAGCACGAGGAGAACCUGAAACCAACAGCACUGCCCGUCACGGGGACCCACAAGCAGCCACUGCUCUCAGCAACUAAGCCUGACUCUUCCCAUUGUCACACUGCCUCUCUCUGGCCGAGAAGAGCUCUCCUCGUGCUUCAGGUGCUCCGUAAGCUGCUGGCUUACCUGGAAGCAGGUGAACUUGGCCUGCAUGUUCUGCUCCUUAAGAUGCAGUCGUGCCUGUCGGAAGAGGAUACCCAGUGCCCACAGCCCAAAGAGGGUGGAGGCUCCGAUGACGGUGUUGAUCCAGAGUGCCACGCUCUCCGCCGAGAUCUGUGGGAACAGCAGCUGGCAGGGCUGCCCUGUCACACAUGCCCCUCCCUGUCCUCCACCGUGGCACUCACAUCAGCAGGGUUGUAGUUCCCAUCAGUGUACAGGACCAGUCCCAGGAAGAUAGAAGCUGUUUUCAGGAGGACGUACUGGAAGGUCCCCAGUAUAAGCAGCCGAAGCUUUUUCCUAGUGUGGGGAGAAGUUGAUUGCAUCUCCCUGCCUGGGACUUGUCUCAUCCCAGCAGCCCUGCCCCAUCCCUUCCUCACCUGCUCAUGGUGAUGCGGGGCAGGCAGGGGCAGCAGCAGCAGCAAGGCCCGGUGCUCACCACCAUGGGCACGUCCUUCAGGGUGCUGAGCACGGCCUCCUUCCCCCCAAAGCCCUCCACCAUAACCAUCAUCAUGACAUAGAAACAGGUGGCAAAGUACCUGGGAAGGAGGAAAAGGAGGAAGAGGAGGAAGGUGCAGAAGCAGCCAGGCCCCAUUGUCCCAGCUCAGGCCAUACUCACAUCGUGGUGGCCAUUUCCACCACCAUCAUGGAGCGUGGGAUCCACAGCCCGAAGCAGCUGAACACAGUCACGACCUGGAGGAGACAUGUGCUGUGCACAGUGCUGUCCCCCAUCCCCACGGGGGUUCAGACCCCCGGUGCCGCCCCCAGGCUCAGCUCACCGUAGGGGCUGAGCUGCUCCAGCAAAGGGUCUUCAUCUUGAUGGGGCAGCUGGUCUUGCGGUAGAUAUAGAGGGCUUCUUCCACGUAGAUGAUGACUGACACCAGCGUCAGGAUGGUGGCCAGGCCCGUGAUGGAGAGUUGGAUCAUAUCCAGCUCUGCCAGAGAGGGGCAAGAACUUGGUUCUGUUGAGUCCUGUCCUAUUCCCCCCUGUCUGGGGUAGGGGGAAUGAGACCCAAGCAGCGGCCUUCUGCCACCUCCAUCUGUCUCUCAUCCCCCUCCUGCUCCCACAGGGGACAAGAGGGGAGUCCCCCCACGCUGCCCACUCCCCCCACUUACGCUGCAGCAGCUGCCAGGAGGUGGGUGGCAGGGAGAAGCACGCGGCCGGCACGCUGAAGUUCCGCAUCAGCAUCUCCACCAGCGGCCGAGGGAACCUGCAGUGAAGGGGAGUGCUGCUGAGAGCAAGCAGGGACAUGGAGACACCCGGCCCCUCGUAUCACCUCUUCCUCUAUGUAACCCAACUCCCACUGCAAAAAGGGGUACAAAGCAACUCAGCAGCAUGGGGAUCCCAGGCACCCACCUGGGGUCAUCUGCCAGCUCUAUGGUGGGGUCCAUUCUGUCCAGCUCUGUCCCAGCAGCUGCGGGGCUGCUCGGCACUGCGUUGGUUUACUUGUGCUGUCCCCACGCAGGGUCAGAGUCCCGAGGGCAGGGACCGCAGGGAGGCUUUGGUGUCUCAUUCAAGUUUAACCAGCUCUGGGCGCUCAUUGGUGAGGCCUUGGUUCUGGCCCAGCCCCACAAAGUGCCUUGGCCACACGGUUAUCGACCUGGGAGGAGUGUCUGUGACAUGUGCCAUCGUGCCUGCGUGUCCCCAGAGCUUGGUAUGCAGGGCUCUGUCUGCCCACCCUCUGGGCACCCCACAGAUGGGCUUGGGUGGUCAUCCCAUGGUGCCUGGGCCCCCUGGUCCCCAUGUGUCCCCCUGUUGGGGCACAGAAGGAGUGGGGCAAGAUUUGGUGUCACACUGCCUGCCACCCUGGUGCCACUCUGACCACUAGGCCAUGGGAAGCCUGGCAGAUGGCUGAGCGUCUGUCUGUCCUUCCUAUCACUCUUGUGGCUUUGCAGGCGCAUGGCAGCAGGUGAGAAGUUUGCAAGGACUCAGCUCCCAGCAGUUAACUGAGCACCAUGAUGCCAGAGGGCAGAGCUGGUACCACUCAGCACUGCUGCUCAGCAUCAGCCCCAGACACAAAGCUGUGGCCUGGGGAGGGGGCACUCUGAGCUGGGAAUUGGGAUUCAGUGUGUCCCUGCUCUGAAUGGACUCCUGGGAAGUGGGCAUGCUCACGCUCCUGGUGCCCUCCCAGCACCCCAAGGAAAAUGAGCUCUGGUAUGCAGUGGGCUCCUGCAAAGUUCAGAGUGGCACUCACACCCUAAAAGACUCCCCAGCACUUGGAACAGGAAGCUGCAGUUGCCAUGGGGUGUAGCAGGGAUGCAGUAGUUACCAUAGCAGUGGAACACAGAUUGUUGUGCCACAGCUGCCAGGGAAGGGGAUCCAGUGCAGCCUGUGAGGCCCUGCAGCUGCUCUGCUCGCCAUGGAGCUCUUUGAUUCCUUUCCUUUCAGCAUCCUCCUGGUCCUGCACCUGCUGGUCUCAUACCCGUACAGCUGGCUGGCCCUGCACAGCUUGCCACUGGGUCCCUUCUUCACCACCAUCCUCCUCAUCCAGGCUGCCACCAGUCUGCUGGCAUUCAGCUUCUCCAGCCUGGAGUUCCUCCGGACAGGAAGGACCCAGAGGGAUGUGCUGGAGCAGAGCAGCACAGUGAGGCGGCAGCGCUGCCACCAUUCCUGCUGGCAUCAAAUCCUCUGCCUUUGCUGUGAUAGCUGCAAGAAGCCCUUCUGCCAGCAUUGCCAGGCACCGAGGCAGAACAUCAGGUCCCAGCAUUGCCCACGGCAUCGUUCCACCAUCUCCUAUUACCGCUGCAUCCACCUCCUGUUGACGGUUGCUACAUCCCAGUCCGUGGCAGUGCAGCUGUCCUGCAUCCUCCUCCCGUUGCUCUGCCCCCUGCAGCCCAUCACCCUGCAGAAGAUCGACGUAAUCACAGUCACCCUCUUCACCAUCCUCUACCUGAACCCCAUCGUGCUCUGGGCCCUCUGGGGCACCCGAGCGCAGCGCACACCGAGGCAGCGGAUACGGCCACAGGGCACCAGAGCAGUGGAUGGCACCAUGACGCAUCGAUGCUCCACACAGCUCAAUCCCACUGUGCAGGCACUUGAGCGCAAGGAGGCUUACACCUGCCUAUGCUGUGCCCUAUGGAAGUCGAGUGCUGAGACCAUCGCUACCAACUCCUCCAUGAGCUCACCACCAUCCAACAACUGCUCGGUGCUGGCAGUGUGGACAUCACCCCAUCUGGAUGCAGCAAUGUCCCAGGAACAGGAGAGCCAGCAGCCACUCCUGUCCUCACAGGCUGCUGCCUCAGGUAAAGGCCAGGAGGAUGAGCAGGAGCUGAAGGCAGAGCCCAGUGCCAUGCCAGGUAACCAGGACACCAAGGAGUGACAACCAUCACCGACACUGAGGGCAGCUGGCACGCAUGGGAAGGCAGCUCAUUCACCCAGUGUUCAUGCUGUGGUCCAUUUGGA